CUCCCUGCGCUUACGUCGACUUGUGCAGCAAAAUGGCGACAAUGGACGGGAGCCGGUCCAGUUUUAUAUCUUUGAAAAGAAACACCGGAGGAACGAGCUGUAGGAGGUUCUGGUUUUUGGAAAACGCUGUUUUGUUGCUGCUGUCGUUCGUGUCCAUGCUGAAGUGUGUUUCAGCUGACGGAAAAACUCUGGUGCUACUGGACAACCUGAACAUUAGAGACACACAUUCCGUGUUCUUCCGCAGUCUAACAGAUCGGGGUUUUGACCUCACUUUCAAGACAGCUGAUGAUCCCUCGCUGUCUUUGAUUAAAUACGGCCAGUUUCUCUACGACCAUCUAAUCAUCUUUUCACCAUCUGUUGAGGAUUUUGGAGGAAACAUAAAUGUGGAAACGAUCACUUCAUUCAUUGACGGAGGAGGCAAUGUCUUGGUUGCUGCUAGUUCAGAUAUUGGCGACCCGCUGAGGGAGCUGGGCAGCGAGUGUGGCAUCGAGUUUGAUGAGGAGAAGACUGCUGUCAUUGACCAUCACAACUAUGAUGUGUCUGAUCCUGGAGAGCACACCCUGAUUGUUGCUGAUCCAGAGAACCUGCUGAAAGCGCCUACUAUUGUCGGGAAACCCACCAAAAUACCAGUUUUAUUCAAAGGUGUUGGCAUGGUGGCUGACCCAGACAACCCUCUGGUCCUGGACAUCCUCACUGGCUCAUCCACCUCCUACUCAUUUUUCCCUGACAGACCAAUCUCCCAGUAUCCUCAUGCUGUUGGGAAGAACACACUGCUGAUUGCUGGACUCCAGGCCAGAAACAAUGCCAGAGUAGUGUUCAGCGGCUCACUGGACUUCUUCAGUGAUGCUUUCUUCAAUUCUCCUGUGCAGAAGGCCACACCCAACUCCCAGAGGCAUGAGCAAACAGCAAAUAUGGAACUGGCAGAGGCUCUGUCCCGUUGGGUGUUCAAGGAGGCUGGAGUCCUCAGGGUGGGAGCAGUUACCCAUCAUCCUGUUGGGGAGACCACUCCUCCUGCAGCAUACACAAUCACCGAUCUUGUAGAGUACAGUAUUGUGAUUGAGAUGCUUUCCAACGGUCACUGGGUUCCUUUCGAUGGAGAUGACAUUCAGCUCGAAUUUGUGAGGAUUGAUCCUUUUGUCAGGACUUGCCUCAAGAAAAAUGGAGGUAAAUACAGUGUCCAGUUCAAGCUGCCUGAUGUGUAUGGAGUUUUCCAGUUCAAAGUGGACUACAACCGCUUGGGAUACACUCACCUGUACUCCUCCACUCAGGUGUCGGUGCGCCCCCUGCAGCAUACACAGUAUGAGCGCUUCAUCCCCUCUGCCUACCCGUACUAUGCCAGCGUCUUCUCUAUGAUGGCAGGACUCUUUGUCUUCAGUAUUGUCUUCCUGCACAUGAAAGAGAAGGAGAAGUCAGACUAAUGUGAAAAAGAAAGUGGGGAAAACAGUUGAGAAACUUAAUGUUGUGGGGAAAGAAGAGAAAUGGAGCAACAUGAUGGAUCAAUUCUUCACACAUGGACUGUAUCUGUCUGUUUGCGUUACUGUUGAAUUAUUUGGGCACUCUGGUGAUUAGGAAUGUCACAUUUGGGAAAUAUUAUUGUGGUACUUGGAUGCACUGAAUAGUCCGACUGGCGAUUUGUUUUUCAUAAGUCUUUAAAAUGUUUCUGAAAAGUCUGCAUCUUGAUUUGCAAUAAAAUAUUGACAUUCCA